AGGGAAGGGUUGGGACAAGGAGGAAUAGCUGGAGGGGGGAUGGCUGAAUAACGAGGAGAGAAACUCCCACUCCGGACUGACCGAAUUGUAUCCGGAGUGAACGAGUGAGUGAAAGAAAGAAAGACAGGAGGAGUAAGAAGAUAGAGGAACCCAGCGCCUUUGAUAUUCCACGGAUUCCACGGAGAGGGAUACAUCUUUGAGUUGAUGACUGGGGAGGUCUAGACUGCUGAUUGUGAGGAUGUUGUCAGCGAGGCAGAUUACGUGGUCCUUGUGGACCCCGCUGGUGUUACUGGUCCUGAUUUCCCAUUUGGCACAGGGUCAAGUUCCACCUCCAAGGAGGCUGCGUUUCAAAGUGCUGAGCCCAACCAAACUCCUUAUUUCAUGGAAGGAGCCCAAAGGCGACUUUGACAGCUAUCUGUUCCUUUACAACAGUACACGAGGUGGUCAACAGAGGGAGAUCAUAAUAUCUAAAUCGGACACUAAGGUGUUGAUAACAGAUUACAGCCCCUUGAAGGACUACACAGUCAGUGUCCUCAGCGUCAGUGGCGGUGAACAGAGCCGGCCACUUCAGGGCAGACACAGAGCUGAAGGAGGUGCGAGUAACGGAGAAGACAAGGCGCAGGCCGAGCGGCUGACUGAGUCAGCUGGACCUCCUGAGGAUGACAACGAGAUCUCUGGAGCUAGGACAGACGCACACAAACACUGUCUCCAGGAGAAGGGGGCCAUAUACAAAUCCUGUCCUCACAUCAGCGUAUACAUCAAAUUAACUGUGUUGACUAGGACUCUUCUUCAAGAGCCAGUUGCCAUAUUGAUAUUUAAUGAGGGAAAAAACAGCCAAUAGUGUCAGUGCCAUAGAUCAGAAAAAUAUAAGUCAGGUGUCAUCCGUGUCCAGUGGGAUCUGACCGUGAAGCGUCUCCCCAAUGCAGAGUUUUUGUGCAGCCGGUUAACAGUAGAAAUCCACGAUUUAAAAGCGAUACCCAGACAGACAUCAGCCUGGUGGUCCACUUACCCACCAAGUGAGCGUAAGGAAGCCAAAACCAUUCACGCAUCAA